AUGUUUGGACAUGAUUUCAACGUCGAGGGCCAGACGAGCGACGGCGGUCCCAUGUCUCCUAUCAGCACAAAGUCGUCGGCAUCGAGCAGCUGUCUUUCGUUUACGCAAGAUCACCACAGCCUCAAGCGCCAGCAGGACCGUCUUCGUAGAGACUCCCGCCUCACUGCGAGGCGCCGCUGCAGCAGCAGCAGCUCUUCGUUUGCCGACGCGGCCAUGAUGAGCCCGACCGAUGCCAUUGGCAAUAUCGGACUCUCCAUCUACACCCCGACAGCGCACACGGCCGUGCCGUUGAUGGCGGACUCGCCGCAGCUCAUGCCGGCAUCGUCCUACCUGCCCGCUUACAGCCCCACGUCGGAGCACUCGCACGAGUACUCGCUAUCGUACCAACAUCCUCUCCCGCACUCAUACAACGUCCACAUGGGGUACCCAAACGGAUACCUCGGCGCAAGCGACUUUGGCUUGAGGACCAGCCACCAACCGUUGCCCUCGCUGCAUCAUAUGUACGAGAGCAGCUUGAUGUACCACAUGCCGCCAAGCCCUGUCGGCACGCCGCAGGACGUCUCGCCCUCUGGCGUUGCCUCGAGCAGGCCCAAGCCUCGCUGCUGGGACCACGGGUGCAACGGGCGGCAGUUUUCCACCUUUAGCAACCUGUUGCGCCACCAGCGCGAGAAGUCGGGCCAGGCCGCCAAAGCGACGUGUCCCAAUUGCGGCGCCGAAUUCACGAGGACCACGGCGCGAAAUGGGCAUAUGCUGCACGACAAGUGCAAGCGAAAACCGAGUGGAAGCAGCAGUGCUUGA